CUCGACCCCGCUUGUGUUUCCAAAGAGAAAGAAAAGAAAGCGUUCCUCUCGUUUUUUAACCAUUUCGGUGCUGGAUUUGGUUGGGAUCGGCGUGACUCAACGAUGUGGCGAAGAAUUUUCUCUUCUCAGCUCAAAUCGCUAGCCACGCUUUCCUCCUCCUCAGCUUCCCGAUCUGUUUCUGGGCCCUCUCGAUUCGGAUUCAACACGUUUGAUGGCUCCUCUUCUGUUCUUCCUCGACAUUUUAGUUCCGCGGAUGCUGCGAUCAGAAGGACGGUUGAGGAGGUAAUGCCUAUUGCUACUGGCCAUGAGCGUGAGGAGAUUGAGGCAGAGCUUCAGGGAAAACAGCUUCUUGAUAUAAACUAUCCUGAAGGUCCUUUUGGUACAAAGGAAGCACCUGCUGUUGUUAAGUCAUACUAUGACAAAAGGAUAGUCGGAUGCCCUGGAGGUGAAGGCGAGGAUGAGCAUGAUGUUGUCUGGUUUUGGCUGGAGAAAGGCAAACCACAUGAAUGUCCAGUGUGCACGCAGUACUUUGUGCUUGAAGUGGUCGGACCCGGUGGGCCACCAGAUGGACAUGGCGAAGAUGAGGACCAUCAUUGAUCACAGAGUCUGGUCGUUUGCGAGAGCUGUCAUUCCUGUUGGUUAGCUGCAAUAAUGAAAGUGACUACAUUAAUUUUUUUAGGUUGCUUGAAAUAAUAUUUGAAGGAAAAGCUUCCAUGUUCCGAUA